AUGAAGUGUCGGGAACUUCGAGAACGCGUGAAGAACGUCAGGGGGGCAAAGGACCCCAUCACGAUGCUGCGCUUUCUGCGAGCCCGACAGGGGAGUGUCAGCUCUGCGGCCAAGAUGUACCAGGACGCCAUGAGGUGGCGCGAGGGCACCGGCUACGAGCUGGGCUUUCGGCUGAACAACAAGGACGACUUGUUGCACCGCAAAGUGGACAGUUGCUGGCCUCCCACCGCAAUUCUUGGCAAGGACUAUGAUGGUGACCCCGUGUACUGGAACAGGAUGGGACUCGGCAACUUGGACUUUCUCGAAAAGGCGCCGGCCGAUUUCCUGAUCCAGCAUGAGGUCUACACCAUCGCGCGCAUCAUGCAGGCAAUGGAAGAAGCAUCGCGGAUGAACAAUCGGCCUAUCAUGUACAUGACGGUGGUGGCAGAUUUAGGCGGGCUGGCAGCGCGGAACAUGUCUGAAAAGCACGUUUUCCCAAGGUACAAGGUCUGUGUGAGAACGCUGGAAGACAACUUCCCAGAGCUCGUGAAGCGCAUUAUUGCCAUUCGCGUGCCUCGACUGGCCUACACGCUGUGGAACAUUGCCUCGCACUUUUUUGACGAGGGGACCAGGGCGAAAAUUCAGAUAGCGGAUGGCAACAACACAAUGAAGGUUUUAAGUGAAUUCAUGGAUCCGAAGUGGGUGCCAGAGGCAUUGGGCGGCACCCACCGGAUCAACAACAGUAGCUGGUGCAAGCCUUGCAUACCCAGCCCAACAGGGCCUCCCUCACCUGAGACGAUGAGAAGCCUUGACUCAACCUUUGGAGACACCUGA